GAAUAAUAACCCGUCGUAGUGGCCUCACAAUCUGAUUGGUUUGGAAUCAUGCCAUCAUGUCCAAACCAAACGGUACAGUUUCCGUGUUUUGUGCUACGGAUCAAUUUGAAAAAUUCGCUUAUCGCUAAAAUUCACAAAAGAUAAAUCUAUUAAUCUUACGGAACAUCGAGCUGUUUUGAAAUAUGUAACAGUAUGCGAACGGAAGCGUCAAGUGAAAUAUAUUUUUAUGGCUACUAGCACUAUGCUGUAGAGCUGCGAUCUGCGGAAAAAGUGAACAAAAUCCGAAUUCUCAUGCAAUCAAAAUACGUGGUUAAAACUCAGUCCACUUUCUUGCCUCCUACCAAACAACGCAUAGGCUCGGGCAUAGUAUUUUUUCCUGUAACUCAAUCCGCAAAGUUCAGCAUUCAAAUCUCCAAUUAACACCAUCAAGCAGUAGCAGCGGUAUUGUAGCACACGCAAGCAUCAAAAGACUGCACCAUGGUAGAGCCAAUGUUCGACUAUCAGUUUCGCCAUAUACUGAUAGGCGAUAGUACGGUGGGGAAGUCGUCGUUAUUGAAAUAUUUUACCGAUGGAAAAUUUGCUGAGCUUUCCGACCCAACGGUCGGGGUCGAUUUCUUUGCCCAUCUGAUCGAGGUAAACGAUGGGACGCGCAUCAAGCUGCAGCUGUGGGACACGGCUGGACAGGAGCGCUUUCGUUCAAUCACGAAAUCCUACUACCGAAACUCUGUUGGUGUAUUGCUGGUGUAUGAUAUUACCAGCCAUGCGAGCUUCGAGCACAUUCCACUGUGGAUGAUGGAGGCAAAACGCCACAUCGAACCGCACCGGCCCGUGUUUGCACUGGUCGGUUGCAAGCUUGAUCUUGUAACGAGUGGGGCACAGCAGCGUGAAGUCAGCCUGGAAGAGGCGCGCUCGUUCGCUGAACAGCAUGGUCUCAUCUUCGUGGAAACGUCGGCCCGAUCCGGUCUCAACGUGCGCGAGGCGUUCACACUCGUCACACAAGAAGUGUUCAAUCGAAUCAAAACUGGCGAAUAUAAGGUUGAGGAUGGCUGGGAUGGAAUCAAAAAAGGUUUCACGCGCCCGAGUAACCUCGAUUUUAAUCUGGUGGUGGCCGAGUCCGCUCGAAGUACCUGCUGUUAGGGAAACAAGACAAGUUUUUCAAGGCUAGCGAUGACAACCACGGACCGCCACUGGUCGUGAGCCCAUCUCCCAACAUAGGAACGAUGCGGCAGAGUGUACCGAAACACAAAACCGGGAGGAAUGUGAAGGACUACAUUAUUAUGUAGUACGCGAAAGUCCAAAUGAGGAGUUGGACUGAUGCAGGGGUUGUACAGUAGAAGUAGCCAAUUUACUAGCGUAAAACAAAGAAGGUGUAGGAGCCAAACCAAAUGUAAAACAACCGUAAAGGAAUGUGCUAAUCCUGUUUAAUAUUCUCUUUCAUGCUAUAAUUCCCUAUUAUAUAAUUUUAUGCUAAGAACACAUUGUCCGAUAGGACAUCGCACAUUCAGGGUUCGUUUUUCGGUCUUUGCACUCCUGUUUUACCGACUCAUUUUUUUUUGUUUGAUCAAUGUCGGUUUUGAACCAUUAUGGGAUGUUUUACGAACUAGCAAUAGUGAUUUGAAUGCCUAUCACGCACGCUUAACAUUUUCAUAGACACGAACGCUAGAAAUUGAACUAACAGUGCAAAAUGGUGAUAUAAAAUUUGAGAAUCGACCACGUCAAUGUUGUCAUUGUGAUUUCGACAUUUCAAAUAUUGUUUGACUUCCGUGCUCUACAGAACUGUAAAGUUUGUGAAACAUCAUCAUCAUCAUUAAUGCUGCAUCAUAAUAGAACGAGAUGGUGCGAUAUUUUGCAGAACUGUAUUGGUCUGAUAUAAACUGCCGACUGGCACUGCCUUCGUCAUCACCAACAAAACUGUAUUGCAAUGGUUGUCAGUAUCAACUCUUCUUUUUUGGCCCUCCACCGCGAACAGUGAUUCUUCUUCUUUGUCGGCAAUAGCAGCCACCGAGCGAUCUUGCCUUGCCGCAGAAACAUGCUCUGUUGCUUGUUCAAAACAUGAUUUGGCGGUCGGCGUUAUUGCCCCACCCCUCUGCCAACCCCCUGUCACGGAGGUCUAGGGAAUCGAACCCAGGCCAGAUGUGUGACAUCGUUCGGCGUGACCGACUACUCUAUCAACGGAGGCCAAGUAUGAACUCUAUACACAAAAAAUGAAGCUUCGCAAGAAGCCCUUCAAAAGAAUUUUCAUUGCAUUGUUGUGUAUAAGCUCCCUGUGUGAAGCGAUGAACCGAUGGUGUAGGUCAAACUUUGAUCAAAUGCUUGACCUCUGUCAUAAUUGCUUUGUUUACCUGUUCUUGUACACCGUUGUUUCGCUGUGUCCCUCCCUCUGUUGGUUGGUACUUGUAGGAUCAAAAAUGGCAAUUAUGAGCGUUACCUUAACACCCUGUGCGAAUAAAUACAACCCAGUCCGUUCUUCGAAGAAAAAAGAAAACCUGUACGGCAACUACUUGCGGAUAUUGUUCUAUUGCUACGCAUUAUAAUCAAACACAACAGUACAUUUUGCGUGUUCCGUGCUUAGGAUUAAUAUAAAAAAAAUUAAAAAAGGUAUAUCCAUAAAACGACCAGUCAGUAUCAACUACACAAAAAAUGGUUAAGCAAAAAGACAGCGCAUGUGCAACAUACCGAUUGGAUUUGGCGUUGGUUUUGUUCAUGUCGUGAAUUUUUACCUAAAAGAGGGGGGGUUAGGGUUUCAGCGUUGAAAAUUCUAUUUUCGUGAUUUUUUGUUAAAGUAUGGAUUGAGUAAUUUUAUUCAAAACUUUUGUACAUUUGCUGGUGGUAGAGCUUGCUUAUCUAAAGUAAACUGCAGUUUUCCACAACGACUUCUAUCAUUUUCUGGGUGAGAAACCCACAAAAUGGAAGGGUGGGUUAUGUAUGUUAUGCGGUUGGGUUAUGUAGGUGCUUUAAUGCAUUUUAUAUGUAGAAAAUGUGUACUAACUUCAAAAUGAAUCGGUCAAUUGGGUUUUAAAUGGCAAUGAAUAUAGACUUUGUUUUGUGAUAAAAGCGUGGAAAAGUUGCAGGGCCUUUCCGAACGCGUUCAAGGACAGGAGACUAACUAGACAAUAACGUCUAUAGUUUUGCUCAAAUCGACUGACAAUUUUGGGAAUACAUUCUUGAUAUGUUUAACAAUAAGAUAAGACAGAUUUUUUUUUGAUUUUUCAAAAGUGCAAACCCUAACCGCUCUCGGAAUGAACAGAGCGUCCACCACUACGUAUCGUUCGACCUUUGUGUAGGCCAGAUGCGGCGGUACUAGUAGACAACUGAUUUUACUAUGCAACUGUGCAGUAUGUUUUAAAUGUGAGUGAUAGAAAAGUAUAGCGUUUUAGUCACACAUUUUAGUUGAUUUCGUACGAUAUCCCGAUACUAAGUUUCGUUACAUCUCAUGUCGAUGGUACGGGCUCAAAUUUCUUUCACAAUGCUCCCACAAAUAGAAAGCGUUUUGUUUCAGUUGACGGUUUCGCCCGAUUACGUCGUAUCAGUUAUGAACGUCGGUUAUAUGAUCUUAUAACUCAUUCAAAGUUAUGAUGGUCAAAGAAGUACACUACAUAUAGUGUGUGAUUGUCGGUAUUUUUAAAUACUCAUUCAAUUCAUCAUUUGUAAUUAAGAAUUUAUGCAACAUAAUCAAUUAUGUUGUGCUUUUCACAUGGCGCUCUCUUUAUUGACAUGUCUUGUGUUGGCGUACUUUAUUCCCCGUACUGUGUACUCUAUAAACGCUAAAUUUACAUUAUUUCAAUAAGUCUUAAACUAAACCGUAGAAUGGGUUGGAUAAACUACUGUGCCCUGAUCCAAUUGCUGAGCCCUGCUGUAUUGCUCAGUACUGCAGGAACUCCUUCUCCGCAGCCUAUGCCCCAGGAAACCAAACCUAUCAGAAAGUAUCGACCAUUUCGGUUGCACACGAAAGGACUGCCGCCUGAGCCUUGACAAGAAUCGGCCUUUCUGCUACCAAGAGCACAGACAAAGCUAUCAUGAAGCUGAAACUUACUCCCAAGUGAUGGUUGCUUCUGUAGCAUCGCUUGACAGGAGCUCCGCUCUAUUAAAGUCAGCUUAGUGUAUUGCAAAACAUGUUGGACUUCAUUGCUUUUAGGAGUACCACCCCAUCCAACUACCAUACAGUCAGUGUAAUCGAGAUUGCUACCCAGUGAAUUCGGUAAGCAUAUCGGUCCAACGUUCGGCAGUGUAUCGUUUAAUGGUUCGUUAAGAAAAAGCAGGGCUACAUCGUUGAACAGUGCACCAGAGUAGUAAUUGGGGUGUACGACUAUUUUGCUAACCGCACGUUCCUGAUGAGAUAGCCAUGUUUGUGUGUGCCGACGAUCCCAGUCUCCUGCAUGUGCAACGAAACGUCCUGGAUGCAUACGGUCACUGAGAAAGAAAAAUAUACAAAAUGAACCUA